GAGGACAGUCAUCCACACCCACACACGUUUUCACAUUUGCUGCAAACACAUCAGAUCACCAGCCACCGCUCUGCGUGCAGAUCUGUUCGGGAACUGGCUCACUGUGCCGAGAUGCUUCCCUAUAGCUGGCUGCUGGCUGUUUCUCUGGCAGCACUGACAGGUAACACUGUUGGUGCUGCGUAUGAGCGAACUGAGAGGAACUGCUCUGCUACCCCACCCUUCCUCCCCAGUACAGCCGUAAAUACCAGUGUCCAGCUGAGAGAGCUACGAGAGCGAAUGAUCCCCAUGAAUAUCUCUGCCUACAUUAUUCCCGCCACCGAUGCUCACCUGAGUGAGUAUAUCGCUAAACGUGACGCCAGGAUGGCCUUCAUGACUGGGUUUACAGGCUCUGCAGGCACUGCUGUGGUUACUCAGACCAAAGCCACUCUGUGGACAGACAGCCGCUACUGGGUUCAAGCUGAGAGACAGAUGGACUGCAACUGGGAGCUAGAAAAAGAUGUGUCUGUCAGCAACGUGGCACAGUGGCUCAUCUCUGAGGUCCCAUCGGGCGGCAAGAUCGGCUUUGAUCCCUUCCUCUUCUCUCUCAAAACACAGGAAAACUACGACAUCAAUUUGGAGUCCAGCAAUCGCAGCCUCAAGUCCAUCCCCGUUAACCUGGUCGACCAAGUGUGGAAGGACAGACCGUCUCUCCCACCUGACAACCUCACCCGCCUCCCUGACAGAGUCAUAAAAAGGUCUUGGCAGAUGAAGGUGGAGCUCAUACGGAGUCAGAUGAGAGAAAAUCCAUAUCAACCUACCGCUCUUCUGCUUUCAGCGUUGGAUGAAACUGCCUGGCUGUUUAAUCUGCGCGGAAACGACAUCCCAUACAAUCCCUUCUUUUACUCCUACACUCUUCUCACAAUGGAUGAGAUCUGGCUGUUUCUCCACUUGGACCGAGUGUCCGAUGAGCUGAAGGUGUACCUGAAUGCCUCGUGUGAUGGGCCUCUCUGCGUGCAGCUGAAAAGUUACGACAGUGUCCUCGAUAAUGUGAAGACAUAUGUGGCCCAGCCUGGGGUGAAAGUGUGGAUCGGUACAGAGUACACAAACUACGGUCUUUAUGAGAUCAUCACACCACAGGACAAACUAAUGACAAGCUCCUACUCUCCUGUGUUGACGACUAAAGCCGUGAAAGACGAGACUGAGCAGCAAAUACUGAGGGACGCUCACGUGAGGGAUGCAGUCGCUGUCAUCCAGCUGCUGAUGUGGCUGGAAAAGACCGUCCCGCAGGGGACCGAGACGGAGCUCACCGCCACAGAAUACGUCAAUAAGUGUCGGAGCAAACAGAAGGACAGCAGAGGACCCAGCUUUGAAACUAUCUCUGCAAGUGGACCUAAUGCUGCUCUCGCCCAUUACAGCCCCACACCAGAAACCAGCAGGAGGUUGACAGUUGAUGAAAUGUACCUGGUUGACUCUGGCGGCCAGUAUCUAGACGGGACCACUGACAUCACUCGGACAGUUCACUGGGGAACACCAACAGCCAUGCAAAGGGAGGCCUUUACUCGAGUGCUAAUGGGAAACAUUGAGAUAUCUCGAACCAUUUUUCCCUCAGGAACAAGAGGUGUUAACAUGGAGAUGCUGGGUCGCCGUGCGUUGUGGGAGGUGGGCCUGAAUUACGGCCACGGCACAGGUCACGGUGUUGGAAACUACUUUGGAGUCCAUGAGUGGCCAGUUGGAUUUCAGAGCAACAACAUUCCCUUCAGAGCCGGCAUGUUCACAUCUAUCGAACCUGGAUUUUAUAAGGAGAAUGACUUUGGGAUUAGGAUUGAAGAUAUUGCUGUGACCGUACCGGCUCAUACAAAGUAUGGACACAACUACCUGACUUUUGACACGGUGUCACUGGUUCCGUAUGACAGGAAGCUGAUUGACAUCUCGCUCCUCAGCUCUGAACAGCUUCAGUGGCUUAAUAAAUACUAUGAGACUAUCCGGCGGCUGGUGGGUCCUGAGCUCGACAGUCAGAAACUACAAGAAGAGAAGGAGUGGAUGCUCAAAAACACAGAGCCCUUCACUGAGUUGGGAUCCUCUGCAUCCAUAUGUUCGUCCUCGCUGACACUCAUCGCUCUGGCCAUCGCUCUGCUCCACAACAUCUCCUGAGCGUCUCAGUCACUCCUGCAGUCUAUUCCCAGCUUGUACACUUGUACACUAAUGUUACCCCCUAUGCAGUCUCUACUGAGCAGCUAUAGCCUAACGGGUUGAGAGAUGCACUGCAACUUAGCAUUUUUUUAAUUAGCAGAUUUAUUUAAUGAUUGAAUUAUGUGGAUAAAUGUAUGAUGUUGUGUUGUUCAAAGUUUAAAAUGAUUUUUUGUAUAAUUUAUUUUGUUGAAGUUUUAAACUGGACAUUUGUUUGACCAGCUAAUAUAAUUUCUAUUUUAUUAAAGUAACACUCUUUAAGACC